CGAACAUCCGGUUACCGCCAUUUUAGAGACUUAUCUGCUCUCGGCGUGUUUCUUUGGACGCUCCCGAUUGAUUCGGUAUUUUUCCUGAAAAUCUCGCAAGCAUCUUUUUUUAUUUUCCGCGUAACAUACAGCAGUAGGGUUAGUGAUUCAAGAUGAGUUACGGCAGACCUCCGCCCGACGUCGAGGGCAUGACAUCUUUAAAAGUCGACAAUCUGACGUACCGCACGUCCCCUGAAACGCUGCGGCGGGUUUUCGAGAAGUACGGCCGAGUCGGGGACGUCUAUAUCCCGAGAGACCGGUACACAAAAGAGAGCCGCGGGUUCGCCUUUGUCCGUUUUCAUGAUAAGCGGGACGCAGAGGAUGCGAUGGACGCCAUGGACGGCGCGCUGCUGGACGGCCGCGAGCUGCGCGUGCAGAUGGCGCGAUACGGGCGCCCGCCAGAUUCACAUUACAGCCGCCGUGGAGGCCCGCCAAGGAGGUACGGGGGACAUGGACGGAGAAGCCGAAGCCGUAGUCCUCGGCGAAGGAGACACAGCAGGUCUAGAUCCAGAAGCCGUUCCCGUAGCAGAUCCCGCUACAGCAGAUCCAGGUCCUACUCCCGUUCCCGAUCUAAGUCCCGUUCCCGCUCCAAAACCCGCACACCACGCAGAAGCAAGUCCAAAUCUGCUUCCAGGUCCCGUUCAAGGUCUAAGUCCAAGUCUCACUCCAGGAGCCAUACUCCCAGAUCAAACAAAGGAUCCAAAUCACGAUCCAGAUCGAGAAGCAGACCCAAAUCUCCAGAGGACGCUGGAGCCACUGCUGAAUCCUGAGCUGAAACAUAGCUGCUGAUUCCUGUUUGCAAAAGGAGUUUGGGGCAGUUUGAGAGCAGUUAGUGUGUGAUCCGACCAUUGGCUGCCUGCUGCUGAUUGGCGGUUGCUAUGGAGCAGGUCGGUCUCAUUGAGUGUUGAGGUGGUGUUGAGGUACGUCUUCAGGACAAUGGACUGAGACCUUUUCAUCAUCCUUGUCACAAACUCAUGUCUAUCGUGGCAUAGGCAAAAGCAGGAUGGAUAUGGGGUGUGUUCUCAGAGCUAGUUUAAGCUGUCAGGCUGCUGGGUAUCUGAUUUUCAACCGGUCUAUAAUUUAGUACUUUUGAGUAAUUGUUCUAACUGCCAAUAAAUUAUCCCUCAGCUUGCUGACACUUAAAAUAGCUAUGAGACAUUAAUUCCACCCUCAGGUUUGUUGGCUCUCUACCCAUGAGGUUUCUCUCAGAACAAACAUCAGGUACAUGAGGUUCCUUGCAGAACAAAAAUGAGGUCUAUAGAUUAAUUUUAAAUAUGGCAAGAUACUCGAUGUGUGGAAAAGAGUGCCUGUUUGUUCUGUAUAACUGAGGACCAGUUAUCGAGCGUUGCGUAAUAUGCAAUGCCUCGUUUUAUGACGAUUACUGUAGAACACCCUCUGCUUUGCUGUUUGAAAUUAACUAACUUCUUCCUUUUUUCUAGAUGAUGUCAACUGGUUGAAUCUUCGAGGAUCGCACCGAACCGAUGUCCAUCUGAGGAUACUCAAAUUAUCCAUAUAUCUGACCGAAAGGUUAUUGUAAUUUGGUCUAAAUCUUUUAAAUGACUUUUUCUUUGUUGCCCACAUUUGUUUUUGUCAUACAUUUGAAUUUCUUGUGAUUAUUAAAUGAUCUUUAUGCCUAAAUUGGGCUAAUAGGUGAAAUCACUUCUCUUUAUUUUUGGUAGUUUGUUUUUUGUUUUUGAAACUCCCAGACUAAAGUAAGUUCACUUUUAAUCAGAUUUUUGUUCUUAAUAAAUGCUUAUUAUUGGACAAUUUUGGAUGUGAAUAUUUCUUUGACCUUAAGGGACUGGGUAGAGACAGAAAUUUGGCCGCUAAAAAAAAACCUUUAUGUAAAACCGUGACAUCAUAAAGCUUGCUAACCGAGCAGGUGUUAUGGUUUAAAUGGAAAAUUUAACAAUAACGUGAUUUCUAAUAUUCUCUCUUGUGUAUUUUCUAUGCACUAGGCGCAGUUGCGUAGCAGUUGAGUUUUGCUGGUUAGCUGUUAAGGUGGCGUGUUGCGGUGCAGAGUGCUUGGCUGUUUCCAGUAUUCUCCUGAUUGCUCCUGUGUAACACCUUGACUUGAUUUUCUUUCAAUUUUGGCUGCAGCAUUUAUUCUUAUUGCAGAAAGAUCCUGUCCAAGUCCUUUUGUGAAAACAUAAGGCAGAUAUCUGCGCUUAUUUCACAUGUCCGGGAGAGUUCUAUCAUUUGUGACAUGCUCACUUGACCAUAAUUUCCAUGUGAAUAAAGGUUUUCUUUCUCUGA